ACGAAGCUCCAAUUUCACUUUUGCUUGACGCCCUAAUCUCACCCAGAAAAGCUCUCUUCCUCUCAUAGCUCUGCGUUUCGCCUGACCAAACGACGAUUCACCAUGACCAAGCAGCAAGCUAACUGGUCUCCUUACGACAACAAUGGCGGAUCCUGUGUGGCAAUCGCCGGAGCCGAUUACUGCGUGAUCGCCGCCGAUACUCGGAUGUCGACCGGUUACAAUAUUCUCACUCGUGACUACUCCAAAAUCUGCAAACUAGCUGACAAAUGUGUAAUGGCUUCAUCUGGUUUUCAAGCUGAUGUAAGAGCUCUACAGAAGCAAUUGGCAGCUAGACACUUGAUUUAUCAGCACCAGCACAACAAGCAAAUGAGCUGCCCAGCAAUGGCUCAAUUGCUCUCGAAUACCCUUUAUUACAAGCGUUUCUUCCCCUACUAUGCCUUCAAUGUUUUAGGGGGUCUUGAUAAUGAAGGCAAGGGUUGUGUCUUCACAUAUGAUGCCGUUGGGUCCUAUGAGAAGGUCGGAUAUAGCGCUCAAGGUUCUGGUUCUACGCUUAUCAUGCCUGUUCUGGAUAAGCAACUAAAGUCUCCCAGCCCUCUCCUCUUGCCUGCUCAGGAUGCUGUUACCCCACUUUCUGAAGCAGAUGCGAUUGACUUGGUGAAAACUGUCUUUGUAGCUGCCACUGAGAGGGACAUAUACACUGGAGACAAAGUUGAAAUUGUCGUCCUAAAUGCCGACGGCAUACGACACGAAUACAUGGAUCUCAGGAAAGAUUAAUUGUCUACAUAGAAUUGCAUGGUACCCUCGAAUGAUUACCAAUCAUGAGUGUCAUUCAAAUGUUCUCAUCUCUUUGAUUGUGGUUUAGUUAUUUGAUGAAUGAAUUGUGGAAUAGCUGCAUUUCCUACUUAUCGGACAUGAGUUUACUUGUACCAGAAUAUAUUAUGAUGCUCCAAAUGCAGUUAGCUUUAUCAUUUUGUAUACAUCUUAGAAGGCGGUCUUUGGAAAGAGAUUGGAUUCAUGGUUUUAUGUGUUUUCCUUUAAUGAUUGGUUUGAAUCCUAUCAGGAAUUAAAGUAAUUUUUAUGACGAA